AUGGCCAAUAUCAAACCGUUCAAGAUCGCGGUCCCGGAUGCGGACAUCGAGAAGCUCAAAACCAAGCUCUCCCUGGCAACAUUCCCCCAAGAUGUCGAAAUGUCUGAUUCCUGGUCGUAUGGCACGCCGCUGAAGGACAUCAAGCGGCUCGCAGCAUACUGGCAGAACGGCUUCGACUGGCGCGCCGCAGAGGCGAAGCUCAACGAGCAGCUCUCCCAGUUCACCACGACCAUCUCCGUCGACGGCUUCGACGACAUCGACGUCCACUUCGUCCACCACAAAUCGGAGCGCCCGGACAGCAUCCCCCUGCUCUUCAGCCACGGCUGGCCGGGAAGCUUCUACGAGGCCGCCAAGCUCCUGCCGCACCUGACCAGCCCCCCGGGCCCGGGCCAGCCCUCCUUCCACGUCGUGGUGCCGUCCCUGCCCAACUUCGGCUUCUCGGGGAGGGUGGCCAAGCCCGGGUUCGGCCCGAGCCAGUACGCCGAGACGUGCCACAAGCUGAUGCUGCAGCUCGGCUACGACAGGUACGUCACGCAGGGCGGCGACUGGGGCUUCAUCAUCACGCGCAGGAUGGGCAUCCAGUACCCGGCGCACGUGCUCGCGUCGCACCUCAACUUCGUGCGCGUGAGCAAGCCCCCCGGGCUGGCCGAGACCCCGGGGCAGUACCUCAAGCAUGCGGUGCUGCCCUACAGCAGGGCCGAGAGGGAGGGGCUGGAGCGCAGCAGGUGGUUCCAGCAGGAGGGCUUCGGGUACAACCUGGAGCAGUCGACGCGGCCGCACACGCUCGGCUUCGGGCUGGCGGACUCGCCCGUGGCGCUGCUGGCGUGGGUGUACGAGAAGCUGCACGACUGGACCGACAGUUAUGCGUGGACCGAUGACGAGGUCCUCACGUGGAUCAGCAUCUACGCCUUCAGCACGGCCGGGCCCGACUCAUCCGUGCGCAUCUACUACGAGGCGAAGAAGAAGGAGGCGCUGUCGCCGGGCUACUCGUACUUUGCCAAGGUGCCGCUGGGGCUGAGCUACUUCCCGAAGGACCUGGUCGUCCCGCCUAACACGUGGGGGAGGACGCUGGGCCCCGUGGUGUUUGAGAAGAGGCACGAGGACGGCGGGCACUUUGCCGCGCACGAGAGGCCGGAGAAGCUCGCCGGUGACCUGAGGGCCAUGUUCGGCAAGGGGGGAGGCGCGGAGGGUGUGGUGAAAAAGCUGAAGAGCCAGUCCAGGAUCUGA